GCUUCUUCUCGGGGGAGCUUCUCCCUCAGUCCGCCAUUUUCCCCGAAGUGAGGCGAAGUGGCGGCGGCGAAGAAAGCGCUUCCUCUGGCGCCACGGAGAGGAACAUAAGGAUUCCAUGGCGAUAUCUCUGGCGCGAUGACAAUCAAAGCAGCAUCUAGUGGACAUUGUGGAAUUUGAAAACCAAAGAAGCUGUAAGGAAAAGGGUCCUGUAUGAAAAAGACAUCCUCUCCAGGUGCUGAUCUUACUGAUCUGACUUUGGGGAAAAAUAAAGGGAAAAAGAAGACAGAAGUGUCCAUAUUGCAGUUAAAAAUACAUACCACUGUCAACAUGCAGGAGGAACCCUAUAAAUGCCUGGAGUGUGGAAAGAGCUUCAAAAACCAUCAAAGUCUGCAGUCACAUCAAUGGACUCACACUGGGGAGAAACCCUAUAUAUGCCUGGAAUGUGGCCGGAGCUUCACUUGGAGGAACCACCUGCAGUCACAUCAAAGGACUCACACUGGGGAGAAACCUUAUAAAUGCCUGGAGUGUGGAAAGAGCUUCACUCAGAGUGGAGAACUAAGUUCACAUCAACGAACUCACACUGGAGAGAAACCCUAUGAAUGCCUGGAGUGUGGAAAGAGCUUCAGCCACAAUCGAAAUCUGCAGUCACAUCGAAGGACUCACACUGGGGAGAAACCCUAUAAAUGCCUAGAGUGUGGAAAGAGCUUCAAACACAAUCAAAGUCUGCAGCCACAUCGAAGGACUCACACUGGGGAGAAACCCUAUACAUGUCUAGAGUGUGGAAAGAGCUUCAAACACAGUCGAAGUCUGCAGUCACAUCGAAGGACUCACACUGGGGAGAAACCCUAUACAUGCCUAGAGUGUGGAAAGAGCUUCAAACACCAUCGAAGUUUGCAGUCACAUCGAUGGACUCACACUGGGGAGAAACCCUAUACAUGCCUGGAAUGUGGCCGGAGCUUCACUCGGAGGGAACACCUGCAGCAACAUGAAAGGACUCACACUGGGGAGAAACCGUAUAAAUGCCUMGAGUGUGGAAAGAGCUUCAUUGGCAGUGGAGAACUAAGUUCACAUCAACGAACUCACACUGGAGAGAAACCCUAUGAAUGCCUGGAGUGUGGAAAGAGUUUCACUUGGAGGAAUAGUCUGCAGCGARAUGAAAGGAUUCACACUGGUGAGAAACCCUAUAAAUGCCUGGAAUGUGGAAAGAGCUUCACUGAUAGUGGAAGUCUACAUAACCACCAACGAACUCACACUGGGGAGAAACCCUAUAAAUGCCUGGAGUGUGGAAAGAGCUUCGCUAAGCGUGAGGGUCUCCAGUCUCACCACAGAACCCACACUGGGGAGAAACCCUAUAAAUGUCUGGAAUGUGGUAAGAACUUCACCAAGAGUGGAAAUCUACAUUCACAUCAAAGGACUCACACUGGGUGGAAAUCCUAUAAGUGCCUGGAGUGUGGAAAAUGUUUCAGUUGGGAGUGUUCUCUGCAGCGACAUGAAAGGAUUCACACUGGGGAGAAACCCUAUAAAUGCCUGGAAUGUGGAAAGAGCUUCAGUGAGAGUGGAAAGCUACAUAACCACCAUCGAACUCACACUGGGGAGAAACCCUAUAAAUGUCUGGAAUGUGGAAAGAACUUCACCCAGAGUGUACAUCUACAUUCACAUCAAAAAACUCACACUGGGGAGAAACCCUAUGAAUGCCUGGAGUGUGGAAUGAGUUUCACUUUGAGACAUCAGCUGCAGCGACAUGGAAGGGUUCACACUGGGGAGAAACCCUAUCAAUGCCUGGAGUGUGGAAAGAACUUCACUGGCAAUGGAGACCUACGUAAACACCAACAAACACAUACUGGGGAGAAACCCUAUCAAUGCCUGGAGUGUGGAAAGAGCUUCUGUGUAAGUGGAAAUCUUCAAAAACAUGAUAGAAUGCACACUGGGAUGCCUUGAGUGUGGCAUCCCUCGGAGGGUUCAUCUGCAGCCACAUGAAACUCACAUUCUAGUAAAUGGAUGCUAAGGGAGACUCUCUAAGAUGUACAAAAGCAGCUCUAACAAAUGUAAAUGACAGUAUAACAUUUGGAAUUUUAUCUCUUGUGGUAAUCUUGCAGAAAAGCCCAGAAAUAUUGGGCUCAAAUAGAUAAGUGAGAAGGGCGGGGGUAUAAAUAUAGGAAAUAAAAAGUGUAGAAGAAUGGGAGGAACUUUGGAAGAAUAGAUUCCAAUUUACAAGAAGUUACUUUUUUUUUUUACAAAAUGAUCCUCAGAUGCUACAUAACUCCAGAAAAACCCUCAAAGAUAAAUUAAAUAAUUGAAUUUAUGCUGGAGAUGUAAAUAAAUGACUGGACCCUUUUAUCAUAUGUGGUGAACUUGCCCAAAGGCUAAACCCUUCUAGAUAAACAUGCACACCAAUAUUGAAAACAAAAU